GGGCGAACUUUCCCCUAUAAUCCUUCGAUACUUGUUUAAGGACUCAUCGUAAUGCAUCUACUUCGGAUCAGCAUCAACGUUUUCUUUCUGAUCUUCGCCGAUUCCUACAGUGCACAUCCCAAUCCCAGGCGCAAUGAGAUCAUCUGGGAUGAUUUGAAUAAGGAUUUUAGUCUGGAUGCCACCACAUCGAUGGUUGGGUUUAAUGGCAGUGACAUGGGUUCAGACUUAAAGCUUUUCGAGAGGAGUAGGGAGGCCAAGACCCAUCAGCUUCCCAAAUACAGUGAGACCGGUGAAAUGGGCCAGAUGCGUGUCUACAAUGUUGGAGUACUAAUGGCUUCUCAUUUGGAUUCCCCAUUUGAUCUGGAGCGUUGUGGUCCAGCCGUAGAUUUGGCCUUAGAUGAGAUCAAUAAAGUAUUCUUGAAGCCCCAUAACAUAACGCUGUUGAAAAAGAAAGGAAGUUAUCCUUCUUGCUCGGGUGCUCGGGCUCCAGGCCUUGCUGCAGACAUGCAUUUUCAGGACGACGUAAUCGCGUUUAUUGGACCAGCCUGCGCCUUUGCCCUUGAGCCAGUUGCACGUUUGGCCGCCUAUUGGAACACACCCAUCAUCACAGGCAUGGGAGAUCAGCCACCUUCCUCAGAGGGUGAGCUCACUGUGACUUCUGGAAUCCUGGGGAGGAUACAUAAGUGGAAGAACGAGAACACGGGCAUGUUCAAGGACAAGUCUAAGUACCCAACUCUAACGAGGAUGUCCUACUGCCAGUGCCGGCUUAUCCUGGUCUUCGCCAGUGUCAUUCGGCAGUUCAAUUGGAAACAUGUGGCCUUGCUGGUGGACAGAUCAGAGCUCUUUUCGUGGACGGUGGGCAAGAACCUGGAGUACGGACUGCGGCAGGAGGGACUUUUAAGUUUUGUAAAGGAGCUCAAUGGAAAUGAGGAGGAAAUAUACGAAAACUAUCUAAAGGAUGCCAGCAUGUAUGCAAGAGUUGUUAUCCUUUCUGUUCGCGGAGUGUUGGUCCGCAAGUUCAUGCUGGCGGCACAUAGUCUGGGCAUGACCAACGGCGAGUGGGUCUUCCUGGACGUAGAGAUCUUCCAGAGCGAAUAUUGGGGCGACAAGGGGUGGGAGAUGAAGGAUGAGCACGACGCCAAGGCACGCAAGGCGUACGAGGCCCUUUUGAGGGUCAGUCUCUUGCAGCCAACAAGUCCCAAGUUCCAGGACUUUGCCGAUAAUGUGCGGGAAAAUGCUCUCUACGAUUACAACUAUACGUUUGGCGAGGGCGAGGAGGUAAACUUUUUCAUUGGAGCAUUCUACGAUGGCGUAUACCUGCUGGGAAUGGCCUUGAACGAGACCCUAACCGAGGGAGGUGACAUCAGGGAUGGCGUCAAUAUCACGAGGCGAAUGUGGAACCGCACCUUUGAGGGUAUCACUGGACAUGUACGAAUCGACGACAAUGGCGACCGUGAUGCGGAUUACUCAAUUCUGGAUUUGGAUCCAAUCAAUGGGAAGUUUUCCGUUGUGGCCCACUACUCUGGUGUUCACAAGGUAUAUUCAGCUGUUCAUGGUAAGAAGAUACAUUGGCCAGGUGGACGAGAGGAACCCCCACCGGAUGUACCGCCCUGUGGUUUCCUAGGAAGCUCAACAGAUUGUAUAGGAAACUUUUCAACUAUAAUGUACUCCGUAUUUGGCUUGGCUACCUUUUUGGGUCUCGUUUUUCUGGUUAUCUGCCUUCUCCAAAAGCAAAUGAAACUCAGCAAAGAACUGAACAACAUGUCAUGGCGCGUGCGACCCGAUGACGUCCUGAUUGAGAUGGGAGGCAUGUUUGGAUCCAAGGGGGGACUACAGCGUUUAGAUGUGGAGAACAUCUCGUUGCAGCAGUUCGGAAUCCACUCGGGAAGGGCCUCGAUUGCCAGCUUCACUUCGCUUCCGCCGCAGGUGUACACGACAAUUGGACAGUUCAAGGGUGAGCGAGUGGCCAUUAAGAAGGUGAACGUCAAGAAGGUGGAUCUGACCCCGCAGCUUCUAUGGGAGAUUAAGCAGGCAAGAGAUGUGAGCCACGAGAACACAGUACGGUUCGUGGGCGCCUGCAUUGAUCUGCCACGACCCACGGUGCUUAUCCUAACCGAAUAUUGUUCGAGAGGCAGUUUAAAGGAUGUGCUGGAGAACGAGGCCAUCGAGCUGGACUGGAACUUCCGCAUGUCCCUUAUCCAUGACAUCGUCAAGGGAAUGAACUACCUCCACAACAGUGAUGUGGCUGCCCAUGGCAAACUAAGAUCCUGCAACUGCCUAAUCGACGGACGAUUCGUCCUUAAGAUCUCUGAUUUUGGCCUGAGAACCCUGACCACGCCGUCUGAUUUUGUGAGGGAUCAGAAUUACUAUUUGAAGCUUCUGUGGAUUGCGCCGGAGCUGCUGCCACUGACCUCAAUUCCGGGCUGCUGUCCAGCUACGCAGCGUGGCGACGUCUACUCGUUUGGCAUAAUUCUAGAAGAGAUUGUUAAUCGUGGUGGACCGUAUCAGGAGGCCCGUCAGCAGAUGGACGUCCAUACGAUCCUGCACAAGGUGCGGCAGUGCAAUGGAUUCCGUCCGCUUAUACGAGAACGGGAAUGUCCGCCGGACUUGCUAGAACUGAUGGAGAAAUGCUGGGCAGACAACCAGGAAGAAAGACCCACAUUCUCAACGAUUCGCAGUAAUAUUCGCACUAUAAUGAAAGGAUUCUGUGAGAAUCUAAUGGACGACCUACUAAACCGUAUGGAACAAUAUGCCAACAAUUUGGAGAGUCUCGUCGAGGAGAAAACCCGACAGUUGAGCCUGGAGAAGCAGCGCACAGAGGAGCUCCUUUACCAAAUACUUCCGCGUCCCGUGGCCCAGCAGCUAAUGGCCGGUGACCUUGUGGAGCCAGAGGAGUUCAGUAGCGUGACCAUAUACUUCAGUGACAUCGUCGGCUUUACGGAACUUUGUGCCCGCAGCAGCCCCAUGGAUGUGGUAAAUUUCCUGAACGACCUCUACAGCACCUUCGACCGGAUCAUUGGAUUCUACGACGUUUACAAAGUGGAAACAAUUGGCGAUGCAUAUUUAGUGGUAUCUGGCCUACCAGAACCUAAUGGGGAUAAGCAUGCCCGCGAAAUUGCUUUGAUGGCUCUGGAUAUCCUUCAGGCAGUCAGCUCCUUUAAUCUUCGCCAUAAGCCGGAAUAUAAAAUCCAGAUCCGCAUAGGAAUGCAUUCGGGGUCCGUGUGCGCAGGUGUCGUGGGCAAGAAGAUGCCACACUACUGUCUCUUCGGGGACACGGUCAACACGGCUUCGAGAAUGGAGAGCACCGGUCAGCCCGGCAAGAUUCACGUUUCCUCGGCAACCAAGGCCAUUCUGGAUAAAUUCGGCACCUUCCAGAUGGAGCAACGCGGUGAUGUCGAGCUGAAGGGCAAGGGCACGGUGACAACCUACUGGCUAAAUAGCACCACUGAGGGUGAAGCAAGACCACCCACUCCUCAGAUCCUUACAACCGACGAGGUGCCCUUCCCACUUCUUUUCGCCGGCAUGGGAAAGUAGUCAUCCGGAAGAGAUAAACUUUAUAUUACAAUGGAUCUCC